AUGGUAAAAGGUGCGCGCAUCUGCCUCAUCGCAGUCGUCUACUAUGCAGCAAUUGUCAGGCUUUCUGCGUCCAACGGCCUUGAAAAUCAAAUUAAAAAGCUUAUUUUUAACAAUAAUGGUUUAGGAAGUUAUAGCUUUGAGUUUCAAAAUGAAGACGGGACGUUUAGAAAAGAGGAUGGAGGGAUCAUAUCUCACCCUAGCGGAAGUCAAAGUUUAGUGGUUCGCGGUGAAUACGGAUACUUAGAUCCACAAGGCCUUUACCACUAUGUAAACGAAGACGUGGAGCUCAGAAGAAUAUUUCCCAACGAUUUCCCACAAGAUACUAUAUGUUCUAUUGAUAGUGAUCGGUACGCGCCUGAGGAAGAGGAGUACAUGAUAUCAGAAACGGGCAGCCACGUCGAUCGUCGGAGAGUGUACUGUUUCAUGCUACUUUGUUUUACAGAAGAUGAACUCGACAGAGUUGUUGCAUCAUUU